AUGUAAUAAGGUAAAUCCUCAAGCAUUAAGUUCAUACAGACUCAAACAGUAUAUGAGCAACCCUUCUUUACUCCUAAUAUUGAUAUUCUCUCCAUCUCUGAAAAUCUCUAUUUAGAAAAAAUUAAAAAAUAGCCAACUUCCAGAGAUCAAUCUCCUCGAAAAUGGCAGGAAUCUCAUAAAAAGCCAUUAACAUAGUAACCUAAAAUAAUACCUCAAUAAGAAGCUUAAAAAGAAGUUAAAUAAUUACAAGUAAAUUAUGAUGAAAAAGUAAUUCAACCAAAAGAAAUAAUUUCUAAACCCACAACAGAACAUAAAUAGAUUAUAGGAAGAGCUAAAGCUUUACUAUUACAAUAACGAACAUUAAUUAUGAAAAAAUACUUGAAAAUAGUAUCACUUGCUAUUAUUGCUGCUAUUAGAAUCAAGAAAUCAUUAAAUUAUUCGCUUUGGAAGAAGUAUUAGAUGUAACUCAAAAACAUAACUUUUUUUCUCAAAUUGGAAUUGUUACAGACUGAACGAAUUAAUGCUUGGUGUAAAGCAGUUUGUGCUAAAUCACUUACUUCAGUAAAUCAAUAACUUCAUAAUUUUAUUGAUUUACCUAAUGACAAAGAAAAAGUCGAUUAAUCAUUGAUGAAAUCAAUUAACUCUUGUUAGUUUUUAUUAGAAAAUUUAGCAUAUUUUUCAUAACAAAAAUAUUUUUGUGAAGAAUUGAAAUACUAUUUAUUAAGUUAAGUAUUUUUAGAUCAUAAAGUUUAUUUUUCAAAAUUUGUUUCUAACAGAACUUUAUAUUUGCAUACAAAAAAUAGAUAAAUAAAAGUGGAAGAACUAACAAUGAUUUUGGUUGAAUCAAUUUUAAUUGAUUAAAUUUUAAUGAAUAUUUUUGACUCAAAUUAAAAGUGCUUAUUUUUACUUAAAUUAAUAGCAAGCCUUUUAUAAUAUCUAUUCAUUAAAAAAUUUAAUAGACUAAAAUAAAAGAAGAGUAAUAUCCAAAAGUUAAGUGCUCAUUAAAUAAUAUAAACAUAGAACAGAAUUAAAUUGAAUUUAAUUACUAAUCCAUCAAAUAAUAAUGAUCUUCUUAUUAUAGGACUUUUUAGUGAUGAAGAAAUGCAAUCUCUUUUGAAUUAUAAAAAAACUGUAUCAAAAAUAUUGGAUUAGAAUUUUGAGAGAUUUUGUUGUAAUCUUUACAUGACUAUUUUGGCUUGA